GCUCACACGACACGCCCGCGCCGCCGCCUCGCACCCGCCAUCCGCUCCCAUCUCUUUCUCCGGCGCAGCGCUCACUUCUACUCGCCCGCCUUCCGAUGAGGCUCGAAGCCAGGACCGUCGCACCCCCGUCGCUUGACAAGGUCAAGAUGGAGGACCGCAAGAGGCCCAGCGGGCACGACGAUGCCCCUCCCGCAAAGAGGCAAGCCGUGACCGUCAACGGUGCUCGCUCGCAUCCAGACGCUGACAUGCCAUGGAAAGAUGACAUCGAGGUUCGCCCCCGAGCGCCGCAGACUCUGCCUCGGCAGCCCACAACGCUAAUGCCGAUUGACGUGCAGGCUUACCAGAAGGAUGCCAUUCUGCGCCAGAUGCGCGAGUACAAGCGCGAAAAGGCCACUCUCGAGGCCCAGCUGGCCGACGUCGAGUCCCGCUCGGCCUUCCACGACCAGGAGCUGCGCACCCUCGACACGUGGUUCGACCAGCUGGUCGACGAGAUCAAGAUAUUGAGCGGCGAGCGCGUGACAGGUGACGCUUCGUCACGGGAGGUGCCGCCCCCGCUGCUGUUCGAGGACAGCGAGAGCUUCAGGAAGCACCUGUCGAAGCGAAAAGACACCAUCCUGGCGUCAUUGUCCGGCCUGUUCGCAAAGUAUCCCCCCCGGAGCCCGGACGUCGCCGAUCUUGAGCACCAACUAUCGCAGCUGCUGGCCGCGCAGAAGGAGCAUGUCGUGCAGUCUCAGAAAAUCAUGUCCGAGAAGGAGCAGCUUUCUGACCGCCUGGACACCGCCACGCAUCGCUAUCUGGUCGCUGAGAAGAAGAUUGACAGGUUCAAGAGCCAGCAGGUGCAGAAGUUAGAACAAUCAGCCGUAGCAACCACAACAAAAGAGGACACUCCGUCUUCUGGCGUGAAGAAGGAGGCUAACGGUACAACGCCGGAACCUGCCGCCAGCGAGGAGCUGGAAACUGCGCGCGCCCAGGCUGUAGCAGAAGCAUCCAAGCGGAAAGCGCAGCUGGACGAUGUUGAAAAGGAGAACAAAAAGCUGACCGAGGAGCUGUCGGCAUUAAAAGUCAAGCUGACAGGACUCUCCGACGACGACUACGCCAAAACCGAUCUUUUCAAGGCAUUGAAGUCCCAGCACGAGGAUGUCAUAAAACGGAUUAAUCACCUGGAAGCGACUAACAUUCAACUACGGGAAGAGGUGCAGAAGUAUCAGGCUGAGCGGACCGCGUAUCGAAUAAAGAUUGACGACGAAUCGCGAUCAUCAUUAGCAGAGUCGGAGAGCGCCGUCUCUCAGGCAGAGGCCAAUCUGGCGCGCAUUCGCAACGCCCGCGACGAGCUGGUGGCGAGGAACAACAUCCUUGAAACCAGCCACCGGGAUAGUGAGGCCUCUGUGAGUCAGUCGAAAGAGCUUGUGGGCGCCUGUGAGAGUCGCAUUGCGGCGCUGGAGUCUGAAUGCGAGCGGCUGCGGCUGCAGAUUGGGGAACGCAAACCGGACGGCGAGCCGAUGGAGACGGAUGCGUCGCCAGAGCAGCUGCGGGCGAAGAUUGCGAAUCUCGAAACCCAGCUCAAGCUGCUCAGCGGCGAGCUGCCGUCGAUGGAAGCUGCAUGGAAGAAGGCACAGGCAACUGCAGGAAAGAAGAUUGUGGACGUUGCGGCAUGGGAGGAGAACGUGGCACGCGCCAACGCCGACAAGGCGAAAGCCGACCAGAAGUUCUUCGCAGCGAUGAAAGCCAAGGGCGAGAUGGAGCAGCAGAUCCGCAUCCUGCGGUUACAAGCCUCCAAAUCAACCGAAGUCGUCACGCAGCUGAAAGAAGCCGACUCGCUCAGCCGCUCGCUCGUCGACAAGCUCGAAAAGCAGACCGCCGAAAUGCGCUCCCAGAUGGACGAGCUCUCCGCCCAGCACCGCCAGCUGCAGUCCAAAGUCAGCGAAGGCGCCAUCUCUUCCGAACGCGUCUGCACUCAAAUCGCCGAAUUCAAGAAGAUCGUCGAGGCCAAGGACACCGCCUUCCUCGCCGCCCGCCACACGCAGCGCGAAGCCUGCACCGAGCGCGACGGCCUGGCCGCGCAGGUCUCCGGGCUGAAGGAGCAGGUCGCCGUGUGGAAGAAGAAGAGCAAGGGCGAGCAGAGCGCCGACGUCGCCCUCAUGGAGACGAUGCUGCAGUGCCAGAUCUGCAAGUCGCGCGUCAAGAACACGUGCAUCAAGACGUGCGGCCACCUGUUCUGCCACGACUGCGUCCAGGACCGGCUCACGAACCGCGCCCGCAAGUGCCCGAGCUGCGGGAAGGCGUUUGGCGGGAAUGAUACCAUGCGGGUGCAUUU